AUUUGACACGGUAGCCGCAGUCACUGUAACGGAGCUACAAUAAUUUAAUUGUCGGCAUACCCGGUUCAAAUCUUCGGAUCAUCCGAAUUCAAUUUAUUUUCUCCCAACGAUAAAAUAAAAGUUGUAUCUAAAUCUUAUCAUCUUCCUCUGCUUCAUGUUGACUAAAACUUCAGCAAAUCAGAUCUUUUGCAAAAUUUCCGAACCACAUUGAUCUCAGUCUCAGUCUCCUUGCAGAGUUCUCUCUCAGUUCUUUCAAGGGCGCUUCUUGCAACUCGUCAUGAUCGGUAAUUCGUUGGGGGGAGGUUGAGACAGCCAAGAUUGCGCUUUUAUUUUCCAUCUGAUUUCUGUCUUCUUUCUUGCGGGAUUGCCAUCAGAUUACAGAACUUCUCAUCUGUAAUUUGUAGCCACCAAAGCAAAGAUGGCAGAGAUUGCUCUUGCCGGAGCUACUGCAGUCCUCAGACAAACCGUCGGUGUACUUGGCAAUCUAGUUUUAAAAGAAGGUUCUCACUUGUGUCAUUUGCGAGAAGACAUUGUUUGGAUUGAACGUGAGAUGAGGCAUAUUCAAGCCUACUUGGAGGAUGCUGAAGCCAAACAAGGGGGAAGCAGAGCAGUGGCCAACUUGGUGAUUGAUAUUCGAGAUCUUGCUUGUGAUGUGGAGGACAUUAUGCAGAAAUACUUCCCCCGGAUAGCAUCACUCAGAGGGAAGAAGUUUUUGGGUUGUCUCAAGAGUGCCACUUGUAUUGUCUGCUAUGGUUAUGACGCUCGUAACUUUGCUGUGGAGAUUGAAGGGAUCAAAAGAAGAGUUGAGGAUAUCAAUCGUGCCAGACAAACUUACGGCAUCAAUGAAUCUAGUGGUAGUGGUGGGAGAGACAUGUGGGAUGAAAGACGAUCUUUUCCCCAUAUUGAUGAACCAAAUGUUGUUGGUUUUGAAGAACACAUUGAAGAUUUGGUGGCAAAAAUGCUCAAUAAAGAAUUACAAUGUUGUGUGAUCUCAAUAAUUGGCAUGGCAGGGCUAGGCAAAACAACUCUUGCUAAGAAAAUUUUUAAGUCCGCUCAACAUAAUUUUGAACUUUCUGCAUGGAUUUAUGUUUCUCAGCAACCAAAUAUAAAAGAACUUUUACGAGACAUUGCACGACAAGUUGGCUUAGAGAAAGAGAAGUGGGAGGAGAACGUCGAGGUCAAUUUGUUUACAUUCCUUAGCCAACACAGAUAUGUAAUAGUCCUUGAUGAUACAUGGCAUAUUGACACAUGGGAUGCUAUGAAGAAUGUAAUCCCUACCAAUACGAAGAAUGGGAGUAGAAUAAUUCUCACUUCUCGAAACAAUUAUGUGGGUACUCAUGUCGGCGGGAAUAGCUCUCUACAUGAAUUGCGGCCUUUAAAUGAAGAAAACAGCAGAAAACUCUUCUUUAAAAUGGUUAUGGUAGAAGCAAGUGAUCCCCCUCAGCUGGAGACUAUUGGUGAACAAAUAUUAAAAAGAUGCGGUGGUGUACCACUGGCAAUUGUACUAGCAGCAGGAUUGUUGUUAUUAAGAGAGAGAUUAGAAAACGCAUGGAAGGGGAUACUCGAGGGCAUGGGGCAAGAUGAUGAUCAAUGCUCAGAAAUCUUUGGACUGAGUUACAAAGACUUGCCUACAAAUUUGAAACCAUGUUUUCUAUACUUUGGACUUUUUCCGGAGGACCAUGAAAUUUCUGCAUUCAAAUUAGUUAAUUUAUGGACAGCUGAGGGAUUUAUACGAGGUAGUGGAGUGAGAGAGGUUGAGGAUGUGGGGGAUGAUUAUCUAAAUCACUUGAUUGUGAGGAACUUGAUUCAAGUUGUUCAAAGGAGGUUUGAUGGAAAGGUUAGGAGUUGUCGCAUUCAUGAUAUUUUGCACGAUCUUUGCAUUCGGGAGGCCAAGGAAAUUAAUUUCUUUAACACUCAAAAUGAUGUAAUCACCUGUAAUCAUGGAACGGGUGUACGUAGAGUCACUACUCAUGGUAGUAAUUUCGAGGACUACAUUUCUUUGAAUUAUCGAACUCCAAAGCUUCGUUCUAUGCUAAGUUUUAGUGGAGAUCUAAGGUUCGUAAGGAGGGAAAUGGUUAAGAAUUUUCUUCGAGACUUUGAAUUUCUUCGAGUUCUAAGUGUUAAGUGUGAAUAUUUGUGGGGCCGUCUUCCAAAUGAAGUUGGCAAUUUGAAGAACUUGCAUUACCUUGGAUUGGGAUCCAGAAAUUCUAUAGAAAUUCCUCACACCAUAAGCAAUCUGAAAGGUUUGCUAACCUUUGAUGUUCAAGGUAGCGGUGGUUGUGUCAUCCUUCCUGAUGUUUUUUGGACUAUGAAGCAACUAAGACAUAUACUCUUACCUCGUUCCUGCAAGGUUCCUUCGUUCUGUGGGAUCAACUUGGAUAGAAUAUUUUAUCGAACUGAAAUUUGUUUACCAAAUCUCCAAACCCUAUAUGGGUUGACAGAAGAAGUGGGGUGCAAUUUCAGUUUUUUGCACAAACUUGUCAAUUUGAGAAAGUUAGGUGUUAAUAAUUCGUCUACGCGUAUCAUUGAGAUAUUGUCAGACCCAACACUUGUACUAACCAAGCUUGAAAAGUUGUCGUUGUCGGGUUUCAUCAGUGGUGAGAAAUUAGGAACAUGGAAUUUGUCUCAAUAUGAGAAUCUUCUUAGCCUGAAGCUGGAGUGCAUUGGGUGGUGGAACUCUAAGUUGCCUCAACAUGACACACUUCCCCCAAACCUUACCAACCUUGCCCUUUCCUUCAAUUAUUUAGAAGACGACCCAAUGGAGACUCUAAAGAAACUCCCUAAACUAAAGAUUCUAAAAUUAUACCACGGGUCAUAUAUGGGGAGCAAGAUGGUUUGCCCCGGAGCACCUGGUUGUAACUUUCCUCAACUUGAAGUAUUGAAAAUUGAGCGUUUGGAAAAACUAGAGGAGCUCAUAGUUGAGGAAGGAGGAAUGCCACGACUCAAGGAACUUGGCUUCUUUGGGUGCAUUCCAAUAACUACGGUUCCAGAUAGAAUAAAAAACAUAAUGAAGAUACAUAAUGAUAUACCGCUUAGAAGAUUAUUCCGCUACUACGAAAUUCGGCUGGAUAAGGCGGAUUCUCUAUGAAUACGCCGAAGACACAAAUUCUUGCCUUGAACCUGGUUAUUUGGUGAAGCUGUUCUUCUCUUAUCCUUGCGGGACAUUUGAUAGUUUGAUUGGUUUGUUUGUUGUAAUUUGUAAUGGCUGUGUCUUUGUAAUUUGGUAUUUGUGAUUUGCAUUGUAUUUUUAUUUACAUGUGUGUAAUUUGAACUUAUUAUUGGUGUGUAUAUUGGUGUCUACUAAACUGACUCAAAUGAAUGAAUGUGUAAACCUAAUUUGGUA